AUGUCCAGAUGUCGGGUCCUGUGUCUGUUCGUGUGCUCGCUAGCGUGUCUCGUCUCUUUAGUCAGGACAGCAGACCAGGGAGAUGGAAACAAAGGAUCUCAAUCUGAACAGUUCCCCGUGGUGAUGAGCCCAUCGGGCCCCAUCCGAGGGUCCAUGAUGCAGACGAGGCGAGGGCGAGCCUUCGAGGCGUACCGUGGUAUCCGGUACGCAGAGCCUCCUGUCGGUGAACUUCGAUUUCAGCCGCCUGUGCCCAUCCUGUCGUAUAAGGAGGAGGUGAACGCGACAGUGGAGGGCCCCGCCUGCCCUCUGCCGGCGCGCCAGGGUUACUACUUGGAUGAAGAUUGCCUCAGAAUUAAUGUUUACACGCCGAGUCAUAAAAGGUAA